GGUGAAGUUGGCACGGCAUGGCCACGAGAAACUGGGAGAUUCUGAGGCCCUUUGCCACGACUGGGGCAAAUACAAGGAAGUACAGAUCCACGGAGAGAUAGAUCUAACCAAGAAUGUGGAGCGCAUUGUCAUCAACGAGCGGCACAAAGCCAGAAAGUCGCAGUACGAGGAGAUGGCUGCCCAGAAGGGCUGGCAGAUCGUUUGGGUUGAAGAGAUGGCGCAAGAGUUGAAAGCCAAAGCGCUGGGAAAGGAGCUCACACGGAAGGAGUUCGACAGCAUUCUGGAGAAAAUUGAACAGGCUGAGUUGCCGGAUGAACCUAGUCGUCAGAAGGAUGAGAAAGUCGCUGGAACCCUGACUGAAGAGCCAAAGGCUCAAGUGACUCAAGAGCAGACAUGAGAUAUUUCAGGCGUUGGUUUGGGCCAGUGCUGUGUUUUAACAAACCAUUCCAAAGAAUGGUUUAAUGUACAUGUUGCUCCAGAAGAUGCAUUGGGGCCUGGUGGCGGCUGAAACUCAUGAGCAUGAGCUAUUGACCUGCUGUUUGCAGUGCUGUGUCCCGUGUGGGAGCCGCCGUUUCACACGAUUUUUGGCGGCAAAUGCGGCUGCUGGAGCGUGCUCUAAAGACGAGCAG